GCGUGGCGAGCAGACGCAGCGUUUUCGAUCUGAGCUUUUUUCUUUUCAUUCCCCCGUUUACCAUUCCCCUACUUUUGAUCUAGUAAAAAAAAAAAGUGAAACAAAUCUCAAAACGUGGUUUGAUAUUCCCCCCUCCCUUGUUACAACUUCAGACGAGCCGGUGUGUGAAAACCUUGACGCCAUUCUAAAACCGAGAACACAGCUGUUGUGACCGAGUUUUUUUUUCGUCUGCAUUGACGUGGGUAGUGGUCGUCAAACUCGUGGAACAAGGAUCUACACACGUAUACACGACACGAAAGGAAAAAACAACAAAACAAGUCACUCUAGUUUUUUCUCUCGCGUGUAGGUGAACUACGGUGGAAGUGUUUUGCAUGUUGGCCAGUGUUCGUUGGCUCUUUGGCCAGCGCGUGUCCAGUCGAAACUGUUGAGAGAGCAGAGACGAUAGAGGGCCACCAUGCGAUUGUUCAAGAGACGAGUUUCGGAUCCGGCACCUCAAUUGGUCAGUUUGGCCGCCAUCAAUUCAGAGAUGGAUCAACCGGCAUCGUCCAGGCUCUCCAAUACUUACACUACCAGCACGACCAAUGGCAACGAAGAUUACGCUGAUUACCAAACUGUGACAGCCAUGCCGGCGAUGGUUGUCGUCGACGAUGCCCCAAGGAAACCAGCAGCAGGUUUCCUGACGUGGGGCAAACGGAUGGGCAACAAGUUGGAGCAGCUGAAACGCGGACACUCGAGAGAGCGGUUGGCACCUUCGUCCAGUGCUGCCAGUUCGUCCGGUUGCAAUUUACUGGAUCAAUCGCUGUCCAAUUCCACUUGCUCGCUCAACGCGUUGACAUCUAUGACGUCAUCACCGUUCGCUUUGGCCGUCAGUCGGAAACCUUCGUUCGAUUCGUCGACGUUGAACGUGGAAACGUGCGUCAGUAAUUCUGCGAUGCAGCAGACGAUCACCCGCCGGAGUAAAGUGCCGCGGCGACCUCCAGCCGCUGGAGGCGCUCCAUCCGGUUAUCACAAUCAACAAAGGAGGUCUUCGACGGGCACGUCGUUGUCGUCGAAAUUUCUUUUUCGAAGUUCGUCAACGUCGCAAUUGUCUUCGUACUACCGUUGCGACGAUCCCAGUGAAGAUUUAAAUACCAGCGAAAUGCAAACGGCGCGACAUUCGAAAUCUCCAAAAUCGUCAAGACCAGUACCGAUGCCUCCGGCCGCUUCGGCUUGUUCCACUCCGUCCAGCACUCACCGAGCCUACGCCAACAACAAUAACAACAACGUGAAUAGUGGCGGCGUGAAUUAUUUGCCCACCAAGACGGUCAGUUGCGAGAACAUUCCAAGCGUCACAGCGGCCAGUUUGCAAGCGGCUCUGCAAAAAGCUAAAUUAACGGGCGGCGAACAUGCGACCGAUUCGGCCGCAACUUCCGAUUCGCGUGUGACGCAUCCUCAAUCCGAACCGCCGGACGUGUUUACCACAAACAAUCAGCCCAGUCCUAACGGAGUGCAAUCUAAUAGAUUUCCUUACGCUUUCUUACGUUCUCGUUUAACUUCUCUGCCGGAAGAACAGCAACAACAACAACAACAGUCGUCUGCGUUCUCCACGACGCCGACGUCCGCCCAGUAUGACGUCAAUCAGAUCAAAGCGAAAAUGCAUCAAAUGUACACGGACGCUGUGACGAACGGCUGCGCGGAUAACGGACCGUCAAAGCUGCGGCACAGCUCCUCGACGUCGUGCGUCUUUCGCGAGUCUCUCGGCAUGGGCGUCGCUCCGGCGUAUCAGCAUCCGCCGUCGCAUUACGGCAGCAGCGUCCUCCUGCCGACGUUGACGCGACAAUCGAGCGUGGUGAGCGACGCGGACGCAGACAGCGGCAUCGAGAAAGAGGCCUCGUCCGACUCGAGUUCCCUUUACGGCUCGGACGUCAGCAGCGGCGGAGGCAACAGUUGGGAAUUGUUGGGCAGAAAUGGCGGGGACGAUCAUUCGGCGGAAACUGGCAGCCGGAAUCCAUUAACGUCUCACUAUCCCUGUGGCAAGGAGAUGCAGCAGUUGUACAGCAAUCACAACGAUGCACCCCCGUCGCAUCAAACGCCUCCGGCACCAGCAGCGUCAACUCAUCGCGGCCUGCCGGAAGCGAAAGCCACUAGCCAAAUCAUUGGCAGCAAUCAUGGCAGCAGCAGCAAUAAUAACAGCAGCAGCGGCAGCGGCAGUAAAUGGGACUACCGCGAAGUCAAGCAUCGCAUGCGAUCCAGGGCUUCGUCACUCGACAGCGUCAAGCUGGGCGAGUCGAGGAAAUGGUCGCUACCCUCUGCCGGUUCUGGCCAGCUCGGCUCGGAUCAGCAGUCAUCGCACCGGAAAUCGUCGACUCCAUCAUCUGACUGCGUCGAAGCGAAGAACCGUCAGACAUCCGCUCCUCUGGCGGCCGAUCCGGUUACUCCUCCCUGUUCAUCUUUCAAAGGGGCCGACAAGAAAUUAGCCUCUUUCCUCAGAGGUCACGUUCGAUCCGUUUCUUUUGGACGCGGGGCGUUGACCUUACCCGGACGCAAAUCAUCCGCUUCUAAAGUCAAAUCAGAUUCCAAUCCAACUACCGCAGCAGCAACGGCGGCGCCACCUUCCGUCCACUUUCAGAUCGGACAUUCGACACGCUACAUUCCGGGCCGGCCGAAAGACGAACAGGAUUCCCAGUCGAAAGAGAACAAUGGCAGCAGAUCACCGUCAUCGCUUCCGCCCAACGGCAUCCAGCAACAACAACAACAACAACCUCCGCCUUUAACGAAACAGUACCGCCUCUUGCGGCUCAUCAAGGACGAGAGCGGCGAGCUGGGCAUUUUGAUAACGUUGAAACGCGGAGCUGACGGUUCGAUGCAGGGCUACGUCAUCGGCCAUGUGGAGCCCGGAGGCGUGGCAGACAGAGAUGGCAAAUUACAAGUCGGCGACGAAAUCGUCAACGUCAACGGUAAACGAUUGCGAGGCAUCGACGUGGAAGAGGCCCGACACUUGCUCCGCAGUUCACCGCGAGAAACGGACAUUGUCAUUGCGAGGGACGAUCGGCCAUCGUCAGGUGCGUCCUACACGUCGGCGAUGACGACGACUAAAUCGCCGACUCAGCGAUCGCUUCCUUCACCUUCGUCGCUGCCUUCGCCGUCCCUUCCGCCGCCCUACGAUCGGUCCAGCAUCGGUGCCCAUCUUCCUCCGCAGCAUUUACAGGCCAGCACUCGGCUGUGCGGCGAUUACAGCACUUACACGGAACUGUCUGCCUUGAGGGAAUGUCUCAAUUACCCGUCGCUGUCCAUCACGGGAAGUGAGGAUUACGACGAACCCGAUUACGUCCGGCUUCCGCAUCAUUCCAUCGAUUCUAGCCUGUCGUCACCUCCGCUGCAAAUGAGACCCAAGAAACAAUUGCCAAUCAGUCGUCGUGAAAGCGACGCUUCCAUUUCGGCCAUGGUCAUGUCGUCUUCGUCCUCGUCCAGCGGAGCAGAGCGUGCGGAUGGCGGUGGUUCGCAGUUGCGUCGUUCCCGCUCCCUUUCCACGGCCAUUUGUGAAGUGACGUUUUCGAAAGGUUCGCGCAAGAAGAGCCUCGGAUUCAGUAUCGUUGGCGGUCGUGAUUCGCCCAAAGGAUCAAUGGGCAUCUUCGUCAAAACGAUCUUCCCUAGUGGCCAAGCUGCCGAAGAAGCUAAAUUGCUUGAAGGUGAUGAAAUUCUAUCCGUCAACGACGAAUCGCUCGUCGGCCUCUCGCACGCCGAAGCCAUCGCCGUCUUCAAGCGUAUCAAGUCCGGCGAUGUCGUCCUCACCGUCGUCCGUAGGGGUGGUAACAAAUACGGAAAACUCAAGUCGAUCGACACGUUGGACAAACUUCCGUGAAACAUUUUGUUUUAAACGACGUAACUUGCUUGUAUAAUUCCACUUUGAAAUUAUAUUCCCCAUAUCAAUAUAUAUUAAUAUAUUAUGUAUACAAACACUCAGCUUUAAACAACAAAAGUGAAAUGAAGCUUUUUUUGUGAAAUGUAAAUGUACAUUUUUCCUU